AUGACAGACGGUGCAGCAUCUGGCAACAGUGGUCGAUCCAAUCAGCAUGGUGGCAAUAUCCCUCGAAGGUUAUCAUACGCCUCUGUCGCUUCCGGCGCCACCUCACAUCAACCCCAUCUAACUCCUACCCGGUCCGGAGCAUUUGCGCAUCUUAUUGGGGCAAGUCCUAGCACUUCUUCUCUGCCAAGUUAUCAUACUUCCGAACAAUACAACAGAAGGCCUCCUGUACAAGACUACGAUCCUGCGACACGGACAAAUUGGCGUGAGCCCGUUCCUCUACCUGCUUAUUCAAGAAAGUUCGCCAAUAUACCCUCUUUGGGCACUGGAAUCAUGGGUUCCAACCCCUUCUUCGUCCCAUCUUAUCUUCGCCAUUCUCGCUAUGCUGCUAAAUUGGAAGCUGCUCAUAAAGAAAGGAUCCGGAGGGAGAGAGAACAACCACCGUCCAGCUCUUCAGCCCUGAAUCCGCUAUCUACAAGUGCUGGUAGCACUAAUGUUCACCGCAUGGCCCCUUCUCAUCGAGGCAUGACGUACGACAUCAUUGAAAGUAAUCCGCCUAAAGAGGAAGAACACUUAAUGCCAUUGCCAACCGGGUGGAGUGAACAGGACAAAUAUCCCGGCUUGGAUGUCAUGAACGACGGGCAGGACCUGAAGUACAGUGGCUCUGCAAGCAAAGCCGACAUUGAGGCUGCUUCUGUGCGUGCCGAUUAUCCUAUGUCACCGGCCUGCGGGAUUUACUACUUCGAGGUCGAGAUCAAACAGAAAAGUAGAGAUACCGCCAUAGCGAUUGGUUUUUCCACUGCAGAAGCAUCUCUCGAACGUCUGGCUGGCUGGGAAACACAUUCCUGGGGCUAUCACGGUGACGAUGGGAAGAUGUUCUUUGGAGAGCAGUCAGGCAAACAAUAUGGACCGACUUUUGGUGCUGGAGAUGUCAUCGGCUGCGGCAUCAAUUUCAACUCGGGUCAUGCUUUCUUUACCAAGAAUGGCCAGGACUUAGGGGUCUGCUUUCGCGAAUUAAGAAAGGAUCUGAGACCAUUCCCUACAAUUGGCAUGAAAAAACACUCCGGGGCACUUCUGACUGUCAAUUUCGGCCAACGGCCUUUCGUUUUUGAUAUCAAUGACAAGAUGUGUGCAGAAAGAGCUCGCGUAUCGAACGACAUCGUGCGAGCAAAGACCACGGCACUACGACCACCACGAGAGGAAAGCAGUUUUAUUCAAGAGCUCGUUGCUCAAUUUCUAGCACAUGACGGUUAUGUAGAGACAGCGAAAGCCUUUUCCGAGGAGGUUCGAGCAGAGAAACAGUCCUUGAACAAUGCCCUGCCUACAGCAGCACCAAGUCGUCCAGAAAGGGAUGAUGCGGAUGCUGUUUAUCGUCAGCAAAUGCGACGAGCUAUUCUCUCCGGAGAUAUUGACCAAGCCCUGGAAGUCACAAAUUCACACUUUCCUACUGUGCUUGCAGAGAAUCCAGGCAUCCUCUUCCGACUCAAGUGUCGGAAAUGGGUUGAAUUGAUUAGCAAAACCACGGAACUAGAUAAAAAGCAGCAAGCCCAAGAAGGACGUAGACCAAGUACCGCCCACGCAAAAGGCUCUGGUGUUGAUGAUGACUUUGCGCAGGCGAUGGAACUCGAUACUCAUACUGAUGGUAUUCAGCACACUAGUGACUCUGACAAAGCCCCAUCUACCGAUAAUUUCCUUCAAUACGACCAAUUAAUCAAUGAAGCCAUGCUGUAUGGCCAAGAACUGCAGAGGGAGUAUCGUGAUGAGGAUGGCGAAUAUGCAAAGACCCUUCAGGACAUUUUCAGUUUAGUCGCCUACAAUGACCCGAAAGACAGCGUUCAUGGCCACUUGCUAGACUCCUCUGGAAGGGUGACAGUUGCUGAAGAACUGAAUUCUGCAAUCUUAGUCUCCCUCGGUCGAUCACCAUCUGCCGCCUUGGAGAACACUUGGAAGCAGGCCGAAGUGUUGGUUGACAUGUUGAGUCAAGAUGGUGGGCCAGCUGCCUUCGUCAACCUCCAAUCAACCUUUGCGUCGUAA